GGCGUGGCCGCGCGUCUCCCCCUGUGCCCGGCUGGUGCCCCGCAGCCACGGAGGAGAUGAGGUAGCCGCCGCGCCGGCCCAUGGGGAAGCCCAGUUCAAUGGAUGCCAAGUACCGGGACGACUUAUUCCGGAAGUACGUCCAGUUCCAUGAGGGCCGGGUGGAGCCCAGCGCCGGCAGGCCGCGGCCGGGCAGCGAGGAGCAGCUGGGGGCCGCCGCCGCCGCCCUGCUCAGCCUGCCCCAGGGGGACCCGGCGGACCGGUUCCGGCUGCUCCCCUUCUACGAGGUGGUGGAGAGCUCCCUGCGCGCCGUCCGCUCGUCCAGCCUGCGGGCCCUGCACUGCGCCUUCGGCCUGCUGGAGACGGUGGGCACCAACCUCUUCCUGCACCCCUGGAAGAAGGAGUUCCGGAGCAUCAAGACCUACACGGGCCCCUUCGUCUACGGCGUCCGCGCGGCGCUGCUGGAGGCCGACGUCCGCGCCAUCCUGGGCCACCUGGGCUACGUGCCCGAGCCGGGCGCUGCCUACCGGCUGGCCGAGCCGGCGGGCGCGCUGCAGCUGAAGACGGUGGCCUUCGAGCUCUUCCUGGCCCGGGUGGAGUGCGAGCAGCUGCUGGAGAUCCACGCGCAGGUCCGGGACAAGGGCUACUCGGAGCUGGACGUGGUCAGCGAGCGCCGGAGCAGCGCCGAGGACGCGCGCGGCUGCGCCGACGCGCUGCGGCGCCGGGCCGAGGGCCGGGACCACCUGUCGGCGUCCAUGGCCCGCGUGGCGCUGCAGAAGUCGGCCAGCGAGCGGGCGGCCAAGGACUACUACAAGCCGCGGGUGACCAAGGCCUCGCGCUCGGUGGACGCCCCCGACGGCCGCUGGGAGGGCCGGAAGCCGCCGCUGCGGGCCUCGCUGAGCCUGCGCAAGGAGCCGGGGGCCGCCGAGCCGGGGGACGCGCUGCGGGACGAGGUCCUGCGGCCGCCGCCCUCGCUGCUGGCCCUGGCCGGCGCCCCGCCCCGCGGCCCCGACGACCCCCGGGCCCCCGCCCCCGGCAGCGGCGGGCUGGGCCUGCUGCGCGCCUCCUACCUGGCGGCGGCGGCGGCGCAGGACGACCUGGACCUGUACACGGACGCGGAGCCGCGCGCGGCCGCCCGGCGCCAGCUGGACAGCGCGCGGCCGGCCGUGUGGCUGGUGCGGGGCGAGGCCCACCCGCUGUGCCACAAGCGCGCGCCCGAGCCGGCCCUGGCCAAGUGCCCGCACUGCGGUGUGCCCGCCUGCCUGCGCUGCGACGGGCCCGGGCCCCCCGCCAAGCCCGGCGCCUUCCCCGGCAAGGCGGCCGCCGCCGCGCAGGACGGCCCGGCCCCGGGCCCCGGCCCCCGGGACAAGUACGCGGCCCCCGAGCGCGAGCGGCCGCCGCCGGCCCACGCCAAGGCCAAGGCCGCCGCCGCCGCCCGCUGCGGCUUCUGCAACCGCCCGGGCGCCACCCACACCUGCACGCAGUGCUCCAAGGUCUCCUGCGCCUCCUGCCUCAGCGCCUACCACUACGACCCCUGCUGCAAGAGCGGCCUGCACGCCUUCCUGCCCCACCACCAGCUCGACUACAAGGCCCCGGCCUGCGCCCACCUCGUGUACAGAUAGACGCGCCGCCGCCUCCGCGCCAAGGGCUACCCACCCCCCUCCCCGCUCCCCGGCAGCUCCGGGGCGCCGCUGCACGGCGGGGGGUUCGCUCAGAGCCGGGCACGGCGGGGUGGGGCGGGUGGGGGGCGCUUCUCGUCCUUCCCAGUCUCGCCGCCCUCCCCCUGCUCCUGGGGUUCUUGGCUCUGGCUUUGGGAGAGGCUUGCGGGGUGGGGGGGUGCUCCCUCGCUUCAUUCCUCCCCACCCCACCCCCCCACAAACACACACACAGCCCCCGUGUCACCUCCCGACGUGUCCCUGCAGCGGGAGUGGAGGCCUGUGGGCGUGUGAACUGAGCCCUCCUGCCCCCCAGCUCCCUCCAGCCUCCCCACCCACCCCCCAGGUUUGCAGGUGACCCCGGCGGCAGCUCAGCCUGACCGGGGCACGCCGGGCCCAGUCGGGCUCUCCGGCCCUCUUGUUGUUUGCACACGCCCUCUUACUGUACUGUAAAUAGAUAUUUUUGAGAUUUAUUUUUAAAUAAAUAUUCAACUUGC